AUGCAUCUCGCAAUUUUGACCGCUCUACUCCUUCAGACUGCUUUGUUUGUUGCCAUCUCCUCCACUGAAGAACUCAAUGCCAGCGACGUGCCUGGCGCUUGCUCAACAAUUUGCCAGCCAAUCGUUCAGUUGACCGGCAUCUGCGACGUUGAUCCGCGUCCAUCUGACAACGGGCCUGGCGAGAAUGGGGGCCGCGAUAGUACUCCGGAAACAGAUGAGCCUAUUGAAUCUCAAUGCAUCUGUACCAAUACGAGCUUCAACGUCUCAUCUAUCGCGGCACUCUGUGCUAGCUGCAUCGAGCAGAAUGCAAAUGGUACCGUUGAUGAUAUGGACGACAUCAUGUCGGCCUGUGCUUUCUCGAGCACUUCGUACGCUCCAUCUGUAACUGCGCUAGUUGCGCAAAUCACGGUCAUCGCAACAAAGCCAGUGACGACCGGAACUGGGGUGGUGUCGCCUACGCCAACCGGUCAAGGAGCGACACAAACGGCGGCAGUGGCGGGCUUGAGCGCAAGGAAGAAUCCAUCCAGCGUUUUUAUUCUUGGUACCGCCCUUCUAAGCUUAGCUGUCGGGGCUGGAACGUAG